CGCUCGUUUGUUUGUGGAAGAUGAGAGAGAGUGUGUGUGUGUGUGUGUGUGUUGAAGACAGCGUGUGCGUGCACUGCUUGGGACGCGCAGAGGAUUCCUGUGUUUCUGUGAGUGGAUUGUACGUUUGCCUCGCUCCUGUGGAGACAGAGCUGCAAGCAGCUGUAGGACAUCUUGGCAGCCUGUAUUUAUCUUGUAGAAGUGGCAUAUUCCAGGAAAUUGCAGCCAAGACAGUUUGUUUUCAAGCAUGAACCGGGCAUUUAACAGAAAAAAAGAUAAAUCAUGGAUGCACACUCCAGAAGCUCUGGCCAAGCAUUUUAUAGCAUACAAUGUCAAGUUUCUGGGAAAUACAGAAGUUGAUCAACCCAAAGGUACAGAAAUCGUGAAAGAUGCCGUCAGAAAGCUCAAGUUUCAGAGGCAUAUUAAGAAGUCAGAGGGACAGAAGAUCCCAAAAGUCGAAUUACAGAUAUCCAUCUACGGAGUGAAAAUAUUAGAUCUUAAAUCAAAGGAAGUACAGUACAACUGUCAGUUGCACAGGAUAUCCUUCUGUGCAGAUGAUAAGACGGACAAAAGGAUAUUCACAUUCAUUUGUAAAGAUUCAGAGUCGAACAAACAUCUCUGCUAUGUGUUUGACAGCGAAAAAUGUGCAGAAGAGAUAACACUGACCAUCGGCCAAGCAUUUGACUUGGCAUACAAGAAGUUUCUGGAGUCUGGGGGAAAAGACGUAGAGACAAGGAAACAGAUUGGUGGCCUACAGAAAAGAAUUCAAGAUCUCGAAGCUGAAAAUUCUGAGUUGAAGAAGCAGUUGCAAGUCUUAGAGGAACAGCUGAUGAUUGCUCAAGUUCCUCCUCUUCUCCACAUUAACUCUUCUAAUGAGGCCUACAUGCUUCAAAGACCCUCAUCUCUCUUCUGGUGUCACAACGUGACAUCGUUCUCUUGUCUCGAAAUCUCUUCUGUUACACUAACGCCAAUGAGCUCGCCUGACUCUAACCUUUCUGCUGGUCUUCUGACUCCUCCACCUGUUAAACCAGCUCUUUCAAAACCUCCCAGUGGAGCCAGUGUUCCUCGCCCUCCUGGAAACAGCAUGUCCCCGAAGAACCCCACUGACAUAUUUGACAUGGUUCCAUUUUCUGCAAUGCCCCCAUUGGCUCCAUUACCAGCAAGUAAUGGCUCGGCCCCUCCACCCCCAGCAAGGCCUACAGAGAUGAGGAGAGACAUAUUUGGUGCAGAGCCAUUUGAUCCAUUCACCUGCGGGGCAGCUGACUUUCCUCCCGACAUCCAAUCUAAGCUGGAUGAGAUGCAGGAGGGGUUCAAAAUGGGACUAACAGUAGAGGGCACUGUCUUUUCCCUUGAUCCACUAGAAGGUCGUUGCUGAUGCCAAGAAGAAGUUUUGUCACUUUCAUGUUAAACCAUUUGUAUUAAAGUGCCAAACUCGGGAAUUACAGUCAAGAUGUCAAUGUCUUAUCUUACGGUUUUUUAUGUAUUUGCCUUUUGAAUUUGGUUUACAAAACGUAUAUUGAGUAAUCAGAAGCAGUAGAUCACUAUUUUUGUAAGAACUAAAAAAACAACAACUAGUAAGUAAUGUAGUUUUAACACCCCUUGCUUGUACAGGCAAUGAAGGAUGUAGAAAGUAUGUCCAAUUGCACAGUCUGUGUCAAAGUUCUUGAAGCUCUAUACAAACCGCUGUUUUUAUAUCUCUAUGGCAUAUUACAAUUCAUAAAAUCCAUAAAACUUUAUCAUUAUAGAGUGCUCCCUUUAUUUUGCAACUUUCUUUUUAACAAUUAAUGUUUUAACUUGCAUCAUAACCACGCUUCCUUUUUUAUCAGAUUACAUGUAAAAUUAUGAUAUUGUUUUUGUUUAGCAGUGGAUCCAUUUAAAUACAGUAUUUUUUUAACUGAACAGCAGUGCCAUAAAUUGUAAGACUGGGCUAUUUCCGCAUUAACAUGUGCGUGUAUUGCAGUUUAGUUUUAUAUUACAUAUUUUAGUAUACUCUUGCACAAGGAAGCACUUUGAAAGAGCUCUGUUUAUGUGUUAUUGUUCAUUCAGUUUAUAUGUAUUAUUUUAGCCUUUGCUGUUGUAGUCAUUAAAAGAAAACGGUACAUAUUCUCUGUGUAAGUUGUUUUGUAACAUGUCUUUUUUAAACUUUGCCUGCAUUUAAUAUAAACAAAUAUGUAUUUUUUUUAUUUUAUUUUUUUUUUGUGGCUCAACAAAUUGUCACUCACGUGCUAUAGUGUUUAAGUAAUUUAUUUCAAGUGGAAGAUAUUGUAUAGAAAUCCGAAAAUACAAUGUAAAGAAAUUGUAAUAUUACAGUAAAAUAAUCAUAUACUUGAGCAUCAUUCAUUUGCAGUACACACUUUUGUGUGUGUUUUAAAUAUACUCUCUAAAAAUUAGCAUAAAAGCUUAAAAUGUGCUUUUCCGCCCCAUUAUAAUUCAUGAUUUCUUUUUUAAAAUUUCAAAUGUAAUUUGGAUCAAUUAUGUAUUGUGUUGUGUGCUGUUCAUCAGUGUCUUUCUGAAGAGUACCACAUUCUUCUCGAAUCGCUGCUCUUUCCCAUCCUUCGAAUGUUCAACAAAAGAGUUUUUCCUUUCAUAGUCGUCCUACACAAAGAUAUUUCAAACAGUGCAAUUGUUGUAGAAACCUGUAGAAAGUCUAUCUGAAGAACAUAUACAAGGCAUAAUAACAUUCACACUGGAUUCAUAAAGCACACAUCCUGUUAAUUAAAGGUGCAAUAGGUAAUUCUCUAUAGAAACAUUUGUUUUGCUGGUUGAUAUUCUCCCCAUAUCCUGAUAGCAAUCACUAUGCUAUCACGUCUAAAUGUUUUAAAUAUAGAUUGUUUGUGGAAAAUUAAAUGUUCAUUCAAUCAUUCCAUUCGUUCCGAUCUUCAUUCAAUGCUAUAUCAGGCUUAAUUUAGCAUUUUCGAGAUUAGCUAUUGCACCUUUAAAUAGCCAUGUUUUUUAAUUAACAAAGCAGUCUCCGUGAUCCUAGACAUUUAUCGUUCUGGUCUGAACUAUACUUAAAUGACUUUUACACUUAGGAAAAAAUAAAAAAUAAACAAGUAUUAUCCCUGCCAUUUCUUAU